AUGUCAAAUUACCCACAACCACAACCUUUUCCUCUAAAUAUGUUCCCACAACAAGGAUACCCUUCACAACAAGGAUAUCCACCACAACAAGGUUAUCCAACACAGCAAGGAUAUCCAACACAACAAGGAUAUCCACAACAAUCACAACCAGAACGACCAAAACAAAUUGCUAUUUGUGAGUGUUUCCACUGUAGUGGAGAAGGUCAUAAACCAUGUUUCUUUUGCCAUGGAUCAGGAAGAAGUAAAAUGGGUGGAUUGGGUAAUAGUAGCAGAUGUUUUUUAGAAAUAAGACAACAAAAAUAA